CUCCAACACUCAAAGAAUUCGUUACUUUGAAACAACUUGACCGUAAAUGUAGAGUUUACUCUUGCAAACACUUGGUUAAACAUUCACAUUUGGUUUGGGAUCUGAAAAGAUGACUAUCGUGGUUUUGGUGACUGGAGCGAAUAGCGGCAUUGGCCUGGUGCUUUGUGAGCGUCUUCUCUCACACAACACAGAUGGUCUGCAGUUGUGUCUGGCCUGCAGAAACAUGGGUCGGGCUCAGGCUGCUCGCUCUGCCCUCCUCACUUCUCACCCCACAGCUCAGGUUGCUCUGCUGCAGAUGGACACCAGCAUCAUCUCCUCUGUCAUCAGUGCUGCACAGGAGGUUAAACACAGGUAUAACCGACUGGACUACAUCUACCUGAACGCAGGCAUCAUGCCAAACCCACAAUUUGAUGUUAGAGCCUUUUUCAAAGGUGUCUUCUCCAGCGAUAUCAUUACCAUGUUUGCUACCGGCAAGGGGAUACUGACUCAAAAGGACAGUGUCACCCCUGAUGGCCUGCAAGAAGUUUUCGCAACCAACCUCUUUGGUCACUUCAUUCUAAUCAGGGAGUUGGAGCCACUUCUUUGCCAUCUUGACCGGACCUCACAGCUGAUCUGGACCUCCUCUAGUAAUGCUAACCGCUCAGUUUUUAACCUUGAAGACAUACAGCACCAGAGAGGCACCCAACCCUACAGCUCCUCCAAAUAUGCCACUGACUUGCUCAGCCUGGCACUUAACACACACUAUAACAAACAGGGCUUGUACUCCUCUGUGAUUUGCCCUGGUUUUGUGAUGACCAAUCUGACCUAUGGCAUCCUGCCUUCCUUCCCAGCAUUUCUCUGGACCCUUCUAAUGCCUGUCUUUUGGCUUAUAAGAGUGUUCACAAAUACUUUCACCUUGACACCUUAUAAUGGUGCUGAAGCCCUGUUCUGGUUGUUUAAACAAAAACCUGAAUCACUGGACCCACGAGCCAAAUACCACAGCUUAACAUCUGGGCUAGGCAACAGCUACACCCAACCACGUACGAUGGAUAUUGAUUUGGAAACAUCAGAGGCUUUGUAUGAGAAAUUAUUGCAACUAGAAAGUGAAGUAAGAAAGCAAUUUAAAGAAAAACAAAAAGCACUGCAGCAUCUUCACUGUGCAGGACCUGGAUCAUCUUGAUGCAUAUCACACAAUCCUGGGAUGGAGAGGGCUUAGUUCUUGUCUUUCAGGUCACUUGGUAGCAGACUGUAUAUACUACUGGCUGUCAGACCUAAAAAACAAACAAAUAAACAAAAACUUUCCCCUGCCUGACACAGCACCACAACACAGGCCUGAAAUUAAAGCAGGAAUAAACAAGUUACAGUGAUUAUAUAAGCAUUUAUGUAGUAGGUUUUACAGUAAGUUUGAUUUGCUUCCAUCUGAUCUGUAUCAGACAUAAAAAGUCUGCAAUAGGAUAAAUAGCCCAAAAUAUGCAUGUUGUGAUGGUCUGCGAAAGAGUUCACAAUAAAACUGAGUAGCCACCCACCGCUUUUCCCCACUCUGUAAUGUAGGCUGAUAUCAGGAGAACAACAGAUUAACAAACAUGCAGAUAUGGAUGGUGGGUUAUAGUCACCAGUUCGUCAUCCUACAACGCCCAGGGUGGACUAUAUGCCAUGUGGUUGUUAAAUCCGUUCCGUGAUGCUCAUAACAAAACGCAGUGCAGUCUGACAGCAGUCUAUCAGUAUCAUCCCAAACGUUAACUUAAGUCGUCUGUGUGAGCCCUUCAGCGGUGCACGACGAUGCCGGCGGUAGAUGUCCACAGGCGCAACCGAAGAUCUGCUCUGGAUGAUUUGGGGUGCGACCCCAGCGGCCGUCCCCGUGUUCUGCUGCUU